CGCAAAUAAGUGGCUUUUCUUUCUACCAGAACUGAUUUUGUUUGAUUUGUAUUUUUUAAUAGCCGGCAUUUGCGAUGCAAAAAGCCUCCCGAGGUGGGUGGGGAAAAACCAAAGUCCGUACUUCAAGCCAGAAACAAAAGCCCUUUGGAAAUUGAGCCGAAGGGCAAGCGGCGGGGCGCGCCUCCCGGACCCGCGUCGGGAGAAGCGGCGCGCAGCACCUACCGCACAGCGGCUCCGCUGCGGCUGGGCUCCGGUCCCCGACCUGCUCGCCGGAGUCCGCCUCGCGCCCUAGAAGGGGGAGGCGGCCGGAGGCGCCAUAAUCGCAAAUUUAUGGCCUGGGUGACGUGCUUUCCUCUGCCACAAUGGGGCCCGGUGACAUUAAACAGAAAAUUGAUGAGAGAGGAGCGAAAUCUAAUCUUCCCUCCGCGCUUAGCGGGGAGGGGUUUGGGGGACCGGAGGCAGAGUGGUCGCCACAAGUUGGUGCGCUCCGAGCCCCGCGCCAGAUGCUUCCUCCCGAAUUCGGGCUCCUGGACCGCGGGCUGGGGAGGAACCGCCACCCAAGCCCCGAGCCCCACCCUCCGCAGCCUUUCGGGCUCUGCAGCAUUUCGGGCGGAAUCUCUGCUCCGUUACGCACGCCCUGCCCGGCGGAGCCGGACCGAGCACCGCAGUCUCACCCGCUCCGAGGGCACGGGACCCGCAUAGGGACUCCGACGUACCCCUUGCCCCCGCUCGGCUCCCCAACUCUGGGGGGGCCCUCAUCAGCGCAGAGCUCCCCCGCCCCCACCGCAUGGAGCCGGCGCCGGGAUCGGACCGGAAGACACGAGCUGCCCAGCCCCCACCCCCGAGCAAGUGCGAAUAGAGAGCAAGUGACCACGCGGGCCGCGUCUGGGGUGGCUGCCCUGAGGCGCUUCGCUGGUCGCGAGCGCCCGCUCUUCUCCGCCCGCGGCGCGGCUCCCCCGGGGCGCGCUCGGCGUCUCCUGGCACCGACCCCGUCGCGCCGCGCCCUUAAAGGCGCCACCCGCCCUACUGGCCUUUAUCCGUGUCGCGGGGAAGGUCAUGCGGGGGGGUGGCAACGGUCAAAGCGGAGCGCUUUCCCUCCACCCCUGGGACAAAAUUCCGUGGCGGCCUCCCCCUGUCCAGGCCUCUGGUCUGGAGGAGGCCCUGGCCCAGCAGCCACCCGCCACUCGCUUCCUGAGACCUCCAGGCUCGAGCAAGAUACACUGUCGUGACACAGCUGGGGCCUAGGACCCGGCUUUCAACAAGUGGAGGACCCCCUUCCCACACCAGACGCGGCUGGGAACAGAAGCCCAGCGUGAUGGCGCCUCAGUCCUCAUCUGGCUCUGGCAUGCGCCUCACUUCUGCUGAGUUCUCCGUCAUCCACAGGAGGAGGCGUCACACUGGGUGUCCACCAGCCCUGCCUGGAGCUCGGCCCCAACUGGGAGACCAAGGAGAUCCACCCUCUGCUGGGAGAAGAGCCUGGAGACCCUCUGCUGGAAGCCGGAGGGCCGGAGGCCCUCACAGUGACUGCAGAAUAAGCUGGGGUGGGGCCAGUCAGGAAGGGCUUCCUGGAGGCAAGAAGGGCAGAUGGAGGUGGGAGAGCUGGGUCAGGGCUAUUGGCAGGCCUGGGGGCGGGAUUGGGGCCCUCCCUGUGAAUGAGUGGUGUUCCCUCUUAGUGAACUGUGGGUGGGAGUGGCGAGGGGGCAGCGAGGAGGACAACGGGGCCCCAGAACCCCAGCUGCAGCAGCCGUGAUCCGGCCCAGGCCUGUCUGGCUCGCUCCUCCUGG